AUGGCGGGGAAACAACAACAACAACGGCGGGGAAACAACAAUGGCGGGGAAACAACAACAAUGGCGGGGAAACAACAACAAUGGCGGGGAAACAACAACAAUGGCGGGGAAACAACAACAAUGGCGGGGAAACAACAACAAUGGUGGGAAACAACAACAAUGGCGGGGAACAACAAUGGCGGGAAAACAACAACAAUGGAGGGGAAACAACAACAAUGGCGGGGAAACAACAACAAUGGAGGGGAAACAACAACAAUGGCGGGAAACAACAACAAUGGAGGGGAAACAACAAUGGCGGGAAACAACAGCAACAAUGGCGGGAAACAACAACAGUGGCGGGGAAACAACAACAGUGGCGGGAAACAACAACAAUGGCAGGGAAACAACAACAGUGGUGGGGAAACAACGGGAAACAACGGCGGGAAACAACGGCGGGAAAACAACAAUGGUGGGAAAACAGCGGGAAACAACAGCGGGAAACAACGGCGGUAA